AUGGUUAGUAUUUGGCUAUCUGCUGAGCAGAGAUCAGAGGAUUUGCGAAAGUUAGUGACUCUCUAUAUCCUCGCUUGUGGAGGUCAAAACUACUGGGCUUCAUUCAGUCCCCGUUAUAUCAAGUCUCAUUACGUUGCGACCAAAGAGGAACGGUCCCAUCUGGUGGGUAGGUGUUCGCACCCUCCCUGGACACUCCCUGCAUACCCCCCACCACAAAAUCGAAAGGGAAGGUCUGUUCAGUCAGAAAUUGAUUCUCCCUUGCGGGACAAUAAACCAAGUAUUUUACUUGACUCAACCGGUGGCUCCGACAGCAAUUCCAGGAUUUUACAUGACAUGAGCCGUUUUAUCGAGCCAUACGCAGGUCCUCCAGGUGAGAGUAUUGCAUUGCAACCGCUUGAGUACGCCGAGAGUGUUCCAGGGAAGAAAUACUGGUCUGAGUUCUUGCGGGCGAUGAAUGUCUGGCUUCGGCUGCCUGCCCAGUCAAUCAAGUAUAUGGACACCAUUUUUGCUCACCUGUGUGCUUCUAGUGUAAUGCUGGAUGAUAUUCAAGACGGGUCGGAUCUACGACGGGGGCAACCUGCUACACACAUAUUAUAUGGAGAAAGCCAGACUACAAACAGUGCAUUGUACGGUAUUGUAAAGGCGUUAAGUCUCGCUGCCAGUACAGACGGAAAGCAUUCACAAAUUCUACUUGAAUCGUUGUCCGACAGUAUCCGAGGCCAGGCUCUAGAGGUUCAUUGGAGAUAUCAUGCUAGAUGUCCAAGCAACAUGGAAUACAUCAAUAUGGUUGACUGUAAAACUGGAAGCUUUUUCAGAUGCGCCCUGCGGCUCCUGGAAGCUGAAGCUGGCACAAAGGCGAUACCAGAGCUGCACCAUCUAGUCACAUUGUUGGGACGAUAUUUUCAGGUGUAUAAUGACUACCGAAACUUAUCGGACGAUAAGUAUAUUGCAACAAAGGGGUUUUGUGAAGACUUAUCCGAGGGAAAGUUCUCACUUCCUUUGAUACAUACUUUGACGCAUUCUCCAGCUACUACGGCUAUAUACCAACUUAUGUUCACACGCCGCAAUGGUCUUCCCCUUACGGAUCAGCACAAGUCUUUCAUAUUGUCGAAGAUGAAGUCUGCCGGGAGCUUGCAAUAUGUCGCAGACAUACUUACCAACUUGAAUGAUGAGCUGCUGUCGCACUUGGAUGUGGUUGAGGUUAAACUAGGAAAGAACAGUCUACUCCGGGCUAUGAUCAUUGCAGUGAGGAUGUGA